AGGACACAGAAGGAGAACAAGACAAAAUAGAGGAGAGUUCGAGUGAAAGAAAGGAAGGAAAAGAGACAGGAGAGAGAUUACAGGACAUUACUAGUGAGGAAAACAUAAACAAAAGGACAACAAAAGUGUAAUAUAGGUCCAUAUUAACGAAAAGUGGUUAUUCAGUUGAAAUUCAAGACGAGAUCUGUAUAACAGCUUAGUUCUUGUAUAUUGCUACUUCAGUAUGCUUGUGGUUUACAAUAGCAAUCUGUUUCUGAUAAUUUUGUUCAGAAUUUCUUUCGGUGAGAUCUUGUACAAAGACAGGAUAUCCUCACUCGAAAACCUUCAUCAAUUGUUUUGCCCACUUGAAGAUAAUAUAACUAUAACACCGAGACAAUCGCUUUAUGUCAAUAGUUCGAAGAGAAAACCAGGAGAAAUAAGCAAACGAAAAUGUAUUAACUACCUUAUGUGCUCUUCAUAUGGAACUUUCAAAGGAGCUAGAAAUUAUCCAGGAAUUGGUAUGCAUCCGGGAUAUCAUUCGUAUAUCAGCGGUGGAAUCAGUUCAUCUGAAAGCGAGUUUCCACACAUGGCUCUUGUCGGUUACGAGUAUAAAGGUACAAUAACUUGGAACUGUGGAGGGUCAUUGAUCAGCGAAAAUUUUGUUCUAACUGCAGCCCAUUGCUUACAUAAAUCUGAAUUUGGCUCAGCGAAGAUGGUACGUCUUGGUAUAACCAACAUCAAAGACACCAACCACUUGCAAGAGGUAAAUGUGAGCAAACUAAUACCCCAUCCUGAAUACACGAACGAUUUGAUAUAUCACGAUAUCGGAUUGUUGAAACUAUCCACGCAUGUCUACCUCAACGAUCAUGUCAGACCUGCUUGUCUCAAUUUAGAAAAGGAUAUUCAGAUGUACCAGCCUAUCAUCACUGGUUGGGGAGACACCUACCUGAAUUCUGUAGAACGACAGGAUCAUCUGCUGAAGGCCUAUUUGGAGUAUUUCGACGUCAAAAAGUGCGACCAUUUAUACAAAAAGUACAUAAAGAAAUCUUUCUCCAAGAUAAAGAAGGGGGUUAUGUCUAAGUCAAUGAUUUGCGCAGGAUCUUCCACUGCCAUUAAGGACACAUGUUCGGGCGAUUCUGGUGGGCCUCUUCAAGUUUCUGAAGGUGGAGCUUAUUUUAUAGUUGGCAUCACAUCUUUCGGAAAGCCAUGCGGUUUAUCAAAAAAUAGUCCCGGCAUCUAUACAAAAGUGUCGUCUUAUUUGCAGUGGAUAGAGGAUCAAGUUUGGCUUCAGUAAUUUUAUCUUACUAUUAAAACUUUCUGCUAUUUAUCAUGGUGUGUAACAAACCUACUCCAUAUUCUUA